CCUGUGGAUCAGGUUAAUGCUUAGCCUGGGCCUCCUCCCCCUCCCUGGGCCAUCGGCCUCCUUAAAUGGCAUCUUAGGGAGCGGGUUCUGGACAGACCCGAUCAUCAUCGUGGGUGACUCCAUCAUUCAACUGAAGAUGUCACCCUCUGUCUUCCUGCUGCUGCUGGUUGCUGGGCUCCUUCCUGCGGCCCGCUGUGAUGAGGUCAUUACCACACCAGCUGCUCCCCAGGACCCCGCCGAGAGCCUCACACCUUCCUACCAGUUCUCGGUCAACAUGUUCGACUUUGCAUUGAAUCUGUACCGGCAACUGGCUUCUGACUCCAACUCCACCAACAUCUUCUUCUCCCCACUGAGCAUAUCCUCAGCCUUCGCCCUGCUGUCCCUGGGAGCCCGGUCGGCCACCCAAACCCAGAUCCUCGAGGGCCUCGGGUUCAACUUGACACGCAUCUCAGAGGCAGAGAUCCACAAGAGCUUCCAGGACAAAGUCCGCUCCCUCACUCGGGCCGACAGAGAGUUCCAGCUGGACAUGGGUAGUGCUUUGUUUGUGGACAACAAACUCAAGCUGCUGGAACGCUUCUUGGAGGACGCUAAGAACUUGUACUCCUCGGAAGCCUUCUCAACCGACUUCAAUGACCCGGUGGCGGCUGAGAAGCAGAUCAACGAUUAUGUGGAGAAGGCAACGCAUGGGAAGAUCAUGGAACUGGUCAAGGACCUUGAUUUACAAACCCUCUUGGUCGUGGUGAAUUUUAUCUCCCUUAAAGUGAAAUGGGAGAAACCUUUCGAUGAGGAAAAUACCAAGGAGGGUGACUUUUUUGUGGAUGAGAAGACGACAGUGAGAGUGCCCAUGAUGCAGAGGCUGGGCAUGUACAACUUCAUGUACGACAGAGAACUCUCGUGCCACGUGGUGCUGAUGCAAUAUGUCGGCAAUGCCUCCGCUUAUUUUGUGCUACCACAGCAAGGGAAAACGAAGCAGGUGGAGGACAAACUGUCGAAGGAUCGUAUUCUGAAUUGGUUGGAAUCUCUGCAAAGGAGGUCGCUCAACUUGGUUCUUCCCAAAUUUUCCAUUUCAAGCACCUACCAGCUUGAAAAGAUCCUGGGAAAACUGGGCAUGACUGACGUGUUCAGUAACAAGGCUGACCUCUCUGGCCUCACGGACCAGGUCCAUCUCAAGGUCUCAAAAGCCGUGCACAAGGCCAUGCUGAACGUUGAUGAGAAAGGGACCGAGGCAGCAGCGGCCACUGCCGUGGAAGUCAUGCCCCUGUCCCUUCCUCCCACCGUGGUCUACAACCACCCCUUCCUGGUGAUCAUUUUUGAUAAAAACACUCAGACCACGCUUUUCAUGGGGAAGAUCGUCAAUCCCACGGCCCCAUGAGCCCCUGCAGGCAAGAUGCACACUUCUCUGCCCUCCAUCCAAUAAAGAAGCGUUCCGA